AUGCGAUACAUCAAACCCAUUGUUUGGCUCAUCUUUAUCUUCUCCGGUGCCAGUAGUCUCAUCUAUGAAGUCAUCUGGAUGCGGCAGCUAACGCUCAUCUUCGGGAGUACUGUCUUCGCAACGAGUACUGUUCUGACGGCGUUUAUGGCAGGACUCGCACUCGGUAGCUACUACUUCGGUAGGAAGAUUGACGAAAGCACACAGUCUCCGCUGCGACUCUACGCACUUCUGGAAGCCGGUAUCGGUGCGUUCUGCCUUGUUUGGCCCCUCAUUUUAGCGGCACUUGGCGCGAUCUAUGUAUUGAUUCAUCGCAACGUCACCUCAGAAUUCUAUACCCUCUCGCUCAUUCGGUUUGUGUUAACGUUCGGGGUUCUACUAAUUCCCUCCACAUUGAUGGGCGGCACACUACCCGUAUUAACCCGAUUUUUUGUGAAAAGGCUGGAACAACUCGGCACGAACAUCGGAAUUCUGUAUGCGUUGAACACUUUCGGUGCCGUUGUCGGAACUGUAGCAGCGGGAUUUUUUCUGAUUGAGGCGUUGGGCAUCCGAUGGACGCUCGGUAUCGGUAUCGCUAUUAAUUUCGGUGUGGCAGCGGUUGCGUUGGCAUUGGCACAGAAGGUAUCGGUAACAGAAGCAACAGAAGCAGAUGAGCCCCGGCGAAGAGACACAACAAGCGGAAUCUGA